GCGGGCUGGAGGCGUAGGUGCUGCCACGUCUUGGCCGCAGCUCGCGCAGCGGCUGCCGUGCCGGCGGCUGUAGCGCGGGAGGUGGAGGAGGUGGGGCUGGCGCCGAAGCCGGAUCCGGAUCCAGUGCUGUGUACCCGGGUGGGUGAGAGUCCGACGGGCCUGGAGAGGAGCAUCGACUGCGGGCCUUUACGGACCUUACAGCAAAGAUGAAACCUGAUGAAACUCCUAUGUUUGACCCAAGUCUACUCAAAGAAGUGGACUGGAGUCAGAAUACAGCUACGUUUUCUCCAGCCAUAUCCCCAACGCAUCCUGGAGAAGGUUUGGUUUUGAGGCCUCUUUGUACCGCUGAUUUAAAUAGAGGUUUUUUUAAGGUACUAGGUCAGCUGACAGAGACUGGAGUUGUCAACCCUGAACAGUUUAUGAAAUCUUUUGAGCACAUGAAGAAAUCUGGGGAUUAUUAUGUUACAGUGGUGGAAGAUGUGACUUUAGGACAGAUAGUUGCUACGGCAACUCUGAUAAUAGAACAUAAAUUCAUCCAUUCCUGUGCUAAGAGAGGAAGAGUAGAAGAUGUUGUUGUUAGUGACGAAUGCAGAGGAAAGCAGCUUGGCAAACUGUUAUUAUCAACCCUUACUUUGCUAAGCAAGAAACUGAACUGUUAUAAGAUUACCCUUGAAUGUCUACCACAAAAUGUUGGUUUCUAUAAAAAGUUUGGAUAUACAGUAUCUGAAGAAAACUACAUGUGUCGGAGGUUUCUGAAGUAAAACUCUCUUAAGAAAGACAUUUGUUAAAGGAGCUAAUGCAACAAGGCUAUACUCUUCCUAGAGUUAAAAUAUUUUGUUGCUGCAACCCAGUGACCUCCAUAAAUACUGGAUUGAAAAAAAUACUGUAAUACAAGUAUAAUGACAUUUAGAAGAUUACUUUGGGCUGGUGGGACAUGCUGUGAGUUUAGAUUACAAAUGAAUAUUAUAAAAGGGAUGAUUUUUAACCAAAGGAAUAUAUUUUUAACUUGAAUCUUUUCUUGCAUUGUAUUUUUCUAAAGUUUGGCUUCAUUUCUUAGUCAGAGUACAGGUAGUAAGGAGUUAUGUGUCUGCUAUCUGUACUGAUCAUCUGAAAAAAAAAAGCAUACAAUAAAUAAGGCUGUUUCUUAUCACAUUCGUAAAAUUAAUAUUUUUGUUUCAAAGAAAUAUAUCUAAAUAUUACUUAGGAGUGUAUCAUUUCACAUAUAUUACGUGAAAUUGAAUAUUAGAUAUAGUGUAACUAAACGUAGUGCAAUUCAACAUUUGUUGAUCCUAAUACUGUAUUGGCAAACAACCUGGUCAGCCUUUGAAAGAAGUGGAAAUGAAAAUUAACUUAUAAAACGUGGCAACUUAAAUGUACAUCUAAAAGUUGAUAUAAUUCUAACGUCAGUAAAGUACCACCUGUCUUAUAUGUGACAUAAAAGAAUUAUUCAUUUGUUUAAAAUAUCUUAAGAGAAAUAGAAGGUACUUUUUAACAGUGAAUUAGUAAAUCCUGGCAUAUUAUGUAUUUCUAACCUGAUUUCUCAUCUUUCCAUGGGUGUCUGAAGCCUCUCUUCUGAGUAACAUUUUUAUGAAAAAUAGAUUACAAAAUUGGUGGAAUAUUAAAAAAUGUAUCAUGUUGCAUUUGUUACAUUCUUAAAAUGUUGAUGGAAUCUUUUCUAUUUGAUGUGAUUAUAAUAGUAUAAUUCUGGUCACUAUCCUGUUUUGAUUUUAUUUAUUUUAAUUAUUUUUUUAAGUUGAAAUAAGACUCAGAUACUUUAUUAAUGGUUCUACUCUUUUGCAUUCCAUGUUACAUUAAACCUGUUCAUAUGAUGAAUAGUCUUUUGUUAG